AGGCAGAGGUGAGGUUCGCCUUUACAUACAACAAACUAGUAACCUUCGUUGGAGAGCGAGGACCCCUUCUUCUUUGUUUUUUUGUCUUUCAAUUAUAUCUGAGUCCCAGAAAAUGGCGUCAUCUGAGACUGAUUCAGAAAGCAGAUCGUCAAGCUUAUCCAUUUUUCAAGAUGAUGAAGAAGGCUUUUCACCAACCUCAUCAAACGCACCAAUUGUCUCCUCCUACAAUGACAGAAUCCGCCCCAUGCUUGAUGCCAUUGACAAGCUCCGCAACCUCAUGGUUAUGGAUGAAGGCAUCCAGCUGCCCACCAUUGUUGUUGUGGGAGACCAGUCAUCUGGCAAAUCCAGUGUUCUUGAGUCCCUCGCCGGCAUCAGCCUGCCGCGUGGACAAGGCAUCUGCACAAGGGUUCCUCUCGUAAUGAGGCUUCAGCAUCACUCUGAUCCUGAACCAGAGCUUUCACUGGAGUACAAUGGCAGAGUUGAGCACACCGAUGAGGACAACAUUUCUGAGGACAUUGUGAAUGCCACCAAUCUGAUUGCUGGGGACAGCAAGGGAAUUUCAGCCACCCCAUUGACCUUGUUGGUGAAGAAGAAUGGUGUGCCUGAUUUGACCAUGGUUGACCUCCCUGGAAUCACUAGGGUUCCAGUUCGUGGCCAGCCUGAGAAUAUCUAUGAUCAAAUCAAAGAUAUAAUCAUGAAGUAUAUAAAGCCCGAAGAGAGCAUCAUUUUGAAUGUGUUAUCUGCUUCUGCUGAUUUUAGCACAUGUGAGUCAAUUAGUAUGUCGCGGAGUGUGGAUAAAACUGGUGAGAGGACUCUGGCUGUGGUUACAAAGGUUGAUAUGGCACCAGAGGGACUGCUGGAGAAGGUUACAGCUGAUGAUGUGGACAUUGGUCUUGGCUAUGUCUGUGUAAGGAACCGAAUUCGCGAUGAAACGUUUGAGGAGGCGAGGGCUAUUGCAGAUCGAUUAUUUGAAACUGAUCCUUUUCUUUCGAAGAUUGAUAAGUCUAUGGUUGGAAUUCAGGUUUUGGCUGACAAGUUGGUCCAAAUUCAAGCGGCUAGCAUAGCUAGAAACUUGCCUGAUAUUGUAAAGAAGAUCAAUGACAAGCUGAAUUCUUACCUUUCAGAGCUCAACAAAAUGCCGAAAAAGCUCUCUUCUGUUCCUGAGGCCAUGACUGCUGUUAUGCAGAUAAUUGGAACAUCCAAAGAAUCACUUAAGAAAAUUCUUGUGAGGGGAGAAUUUGAUGAGUUCCCGGAUGACAAACACAUGCAUUGCAAGGCUAGGCUUGUUGAGAUG